AUGGAUUCUCUUCGAUUCAACCUACAACAAUCUCCAUUUCAAUCCAAACCGAGAAUUCUUCGACCAAGAGCCACUAACAGCAUAUCGAAUCAAACCGAUCCGCGACCAUCAUUUUCGGCCGGUAAGAUCCAACGGUUAGUACUCAACAACGAAGGUCGGACCAAACUAAACGUCGACCCUGACCGUGAAUUCUAUUCAUAUCCACGUUUCGUGAACCACGUAGACGAUCAGUUCAUAUCCUCCUUAACCGAUCUAUACAGAAACCGGUUAAGACCCGGUUCGAUUGUAUUAGACUUGAUGAGCUCAUGGGUUAGCCAUCUACCAGAAGAUGUCAAGUACGAGAAAGUAGUGGGACAUGGUCUUAACGCACAAGAGCUAGCGAGAAACCCUAGACUCGAUUACUUCUUCAUCAAGGAUCUUAACGAGGAUCAGAUAUUCGAGUUCGAAGACAAGUAUUUCGAUGCCGUUUUAUGUUCGGUCGGUGUACAGUAUCUACAACAACCAGAAAAGGUAUUUGCGGAAGUGUAUAGAGUGUUGAAACCGGGAGGUGUGUUCAUAGUGAGUUUUAGCAAUCGGAUGUUUUAUGAGAAAGCAAUUAGGGUUUGGAGAGAUGGAACAGAGUACGGUCGGGUCCAAUUGGUGGUUCAGUACUUUCAGUCUGUCCAAGGGUUUACUCAGCCGGAGAUCAUCCGGGAACAGCCUGGUGGUGGUGGAGGAGGACCUGAGAAACCGGUUUUGAGUUGGUUUAUGAGUUUUCUUGGUUUAGCUUCUAGGCCGGACCCUUUUAAUGCUGUCAUUGCUUACAAGAAUUUCAAACCUCUGUAUGAGUAA